CACAUCUUUUGUAUUUGACUCCCUUGUAUAGUAAACUAAUUUUAAUCCCGCUCUCAAAGUCAAAGAUGGGAUUGUUGGGAGCAAUAGGCUUUUCUUUAGCAUUUGUAUCUCUAAUUCAGAUACAUCAUAGUGCAGCAGCUUCUUCAGAGUGCAAAAUCUUGUCAGCAAGUCCAUCAAGUGCCACAUCGGUUCUGGUAAAAUGGGAACAGUAUCCCAAAGGAACAGGCUAUCUUCUGGACCUCAGAAAGAUAAACUCCUCAGAUACCGCACCUAUUGUGGUUUCUGCGAAUCCACAAACAACUGAGCUGAAUGUCCACGGUCUGAGUCCAGGACAAGAGUAUAAAGUGACUCUCAAAGUUUUUGCGUUCUACUUUGUGGAAUGUGUGACUUCAGUUACAGUGGGCACAGUCCCAGACACAGCGCAGAUAUUAGAUGCUCGGGCGCUCACCAGUAGUUCAAUCACAGUAACAUGGAGUACGGUGCCUUCUGCGCAGCACUACUACCUGCAGGUGGUCUCUCAGGCCACCGGAAACAUGCUCAACUUUACCUACACCAACACAUCAGCUGUGGUAAGAAACCUGCAGCCCUCCACCAACUACGACUGCUACAUCUUCACGGCCAACAACGCCGGCCGCGGAAGCAGAAGCAAAGUGAGGACCGUCACAACAUUUGUGCAGCCUCCAGUGGGUAUUAAAGCAGUGCAGACUCAACUGGAUACAGCGAGAGUAACAUGGGAGCCGGUGAAGGACGUCCUGUUAUACCGAUUCGUUAUGGUGGACACCGACAACCCCGCCAGCAGGCCGUUCAUGUACAACGUCACAGGCACCAGGGUGGAUGUUCGAGGCAUCCUCCCAUGUUCCAACUAUCGCAUAUCAGUGUCCUCAUUCAACAAGUUCCUGGUACCGAGCGAGCCCACAGACCACACGUACAGCACCAACAAGCUGACGCCAGUUUCAUCAGUAUCCGUGGAUUACACCUGCACAACGAAUGCCGUCAUAGUGUCGUGGUCGACCGUUCUGGGGGCCGAGUCUUACAUGGCCACGGUGAUGGACGGAAACAGCACCCGGCUGUCCUGUACGAGCCAGGGCAGCAGCUGUCAGGUCUCCGGACUGAGCUGCGGCCAGAACUACGUGGUGCACGUAACGCCAAUGUCACAGAACUGCAGGAACUUGGUCAACGCCACGUCGGCCACUUUCCAGACUGUUCCUUGUCCUCCCAACAACCUAACGUUGUCGAGGGAAUGUUCCAGCAACGUCAUCAUCUUCUCAUGGAACCACACAAGCAACACAGACUACUACCUGGCUACAGCAAUUGACUCCAAGGGAGAAGUCAAGCGAUGCCUCACUACAGAAAACUCCUGUUAUUUCACACAUUCAAGGUGCGGACAUAAUUAUUCCUUCACAGUCUCCUCUGCAUCAGGGGACUGCACGAGCGAGACUAGCGACAUGGUCGACAUCCGCACAGCACCCUGUAUGCCCCAGAAUCUGCAAACAUCAGCCAUGUGCAGCUCUGACGAUUUGCUCAGCACAUGGGACCAUGCUGAGGGGGCGAAGUACUACACAGUGCACGCCCUCGGCAACUACAACAACAGCAGCUACAGCUGCACUUCAGUGUCCAACAGCUGUGUCAUGGAAGGCAUUAGCUGCGGAGAGAACCUGAGCAUCAACAUCACAGCUUAUGAUGACGAGUGUUCCAGUCCGCCGAUGUUGGGGCUUUCAGCUGAGACAGUCCCAUGCGCGCCCCAGAACGUGACAGUUGCCAAGAAAUGUGGUGACGACUCCAUCAGGGUAAACUGGACCAUGAACAGUGGUGCGCUCUUCUACGUCACAACGGCCAGGGACAGCGACGGCGUCGUGCACAGCUGUAACUCCAUGGACAUGCUCUGCGUCCUCGACGGCUUGAAGUGCGGCACCAACUACAAAGUCCACGUCAUUGCGUCCAACUUUAUGUGCAACAGCACUGAGAGUGAGGUGGUGACCGUAGAGACAGCCGCCUGCCCGCCAGGAAACCUUUCUGCCACCCUGGACUGCGUAGCCAACGAGGCACUGAUUUCCUGGCAAGGCCAACCCAAUAUGAACUCCUACACCGCCACCAUCGUGGAUGCAGGUCAGGGACUUCUCAGCUGCAGCUCCACUACAACCAGCUGCAAAGUCCCCAACCUGAAAUGUGGCCAGAAGUACACGGUCACCGUCAGCCACCAUGAUGGCAUCUGCCCCAGCAUGCCCUCUAAACCCAUCUACAUGGAUUCUGUUCCUUGCGGACCAGCCAACCUGCACGCCAACGUGGACUGCACAACAGGUGGAGUGACUAUCAGCUGGAACGCAUCCAAAACCGCAGAAGGCUACACCAUCAAAAUCUUGGGCAGCAACGAGGAGAUGAUUUACAACGUCACAGACACAAAGCUGAGCCUCAACACACUGCAGUGCGGGCAGGAGUACACAGUGAGGCUGAGGUCCUACAACGGGAGCUGUCCCAGUCGUCCCUCGGAGAUAAGAUUCAAAGAAGCGCCAUGCGUGCCAGUCAAUGUGACGGCGAAAAGAGACUGUCACCAGAACUUCGUGGAUGUCAUGUGGCAAGCAAGCCGCGGAGCCAAAAACUACACCGCAAUCGCCAUUGAUAAAGACGGCAAUCGACAGAAGUGCGUCUCCAACGGGACGUCUUGCAGGCUGGAGGAUGUAGCGUGUAGCCAGGUUUACAAUAUCACUGUGGUCGCUGUGGAUGACGCCUGCACCAGUGCAAAGAGCGCCACUGUGAAACUAACAACUGAACCCUGCCCUCCCACUCAGCUCACCGCUUCAAUCAACUGCACCGGUAACUCUGCCAAGUUAACCUGGACCGGCAGCCUCAACGCCGCGUCUUACACCGGAAAGGCAGUGAGCACAGACGGACACAAUGUGAGCUGUGACGCGAGACUAAACCUGGGCUGCUAUUUGGAUGGCCUGCACUGCGGGAAGAAGUACACCUUCACCGUGUCAGCUUCAGGUGGUAACUGUGAGAGUCCUGACAGCGUGCCAGUCAUCCGCACCACUGCCCCAUGUGCGGUUCAGAAUGUGAUCACCACCCUCAACUGCAGCGCCGACACACUGACCAUCAGCUGGACACCCGGAUCCAUGCCAGUAAACUACAGCGCCACCGCUGUCACUGCAAGCGGCAUGUCACUUAGCUGCCUUACAGAGGGUUCAAGUUGUAAAAUCACAAAUUUACAGUGUGGACAGCAGUACACUGUGGCGGUGAAACCCAUCAGCAGCACGUGUGAAGGAAAGAGAAGCGUCCCGGAGAUUGUUAAUUCAGUCCCCUGUGUCCCCAUGAACGUCCAAGGCACCGUGGAGUGUUCCACUAACACGGUGAAGGCUUCCUGGGGUGCGACUGCUGGUGCAGCGUCCUACGUCACCGUCCUGAAGGGAGAAGGAGGUUUCUCCGCUGACUGCCACACGGUCAACAACAGCUGCACAUUCCCUCACCUGCAGUGCGCUCAGACGUACAUGUUCAGCGUGGUGGCCCUCAACGACAGGUGUAACAGCUCCAAGAGCGCCACGAUCUCAGCAACAACUGCCCCGUGUGACCCUACGAACGUUUCCGCUUCUCUGAACUGCCUCUCCGGUGUGGCGACGGUGAUGUGGAGGGCCAGCGCCGGAGCCAACGAUUACACGGUCGUAGCUGAGGCCGGCGGAAACGUCGACUCCUGCAAAACCACCGGUACUUCCUGUGAGCUGACCAAGCUGCAGUGUGGGGAGGACUACACUGUGACGGUACUGGCAGGAGACGCCAAGUGCAACAGCUCCAUACUCGCCAAAACUAAUAUAACGACAGCCCCCUGUGCGCCAGUGAUCAAGAACCACUCACUGGACUGUGCCUCCAACCACGCCAUUGUCACCUGGCACAAGGACGAGGACGCCAUGAGCGUCACGGUCAAUGCAACCUCCAGCAGGGGGCACUCAUAUUCCUGCAGCUCUUCCUCCAACAGCAGCUGUGUCCUGGACCAGCUGAUGUGUGGACACACCUACACUGUCAGGGCUGUGGCACGAGGAGUCCAGUGUUUGAGCAAAGCCAGCUCUUCUUUUCAGAUUGUCACAGCGCCCUGCACACCUGCAAACGUGGAGUACCAAUACUCCUGCGAGACGAGCAUUGCCUUCGUGAGCUGGGACGAGGCUCUGGGCAGGAAGAGUUUUUACGUCUACGCCCAAUCUGGAGACAGCAUGGUCUCCUGCAACACCAGCGAGACUUACUGCUCCCUGCCCUCGCUCCUGUGCGGCCGAACGUUCGACGUGAAAGUGAUAGCUGUGGCCGACCAGUGCAACAGCAGCAUGCCCGGUGUAACGUGGAUACACACUGCCCCUUGUGCUCCCAUGAACGUCAGCGCUUCCCUGGUGUGCAACAACAACACGGCGGAGGUGAGCUGGAAACCCAGCCCCGGCGCCGUGUCCUACAAUGUGACGGCCACUGCCAGAAACGGGGACAUCAAACGGUGCUCCACAAACGGCACGACUUGUCAGCUACCCAACAUGCACUGCGCUCAGACCUACAUCAUCACCGUCAGCCCCUUCUCUAAGAAAUGCAAGGGCUACGACAGCUUCCCAUACACCUACAUUGCAGGUCCUUGCCCUCCCACCAACGUCAACGUGGCUUUGCAGUGUGUCGGCAACGUGGGCCACGUGACCUGGAACGCAGCUCUGUACGCAGAUCUCUAUGAGGUCACAACCAUACCUUCUAUUACAGACCAGCAUGCCCACACCUGCUCCUCCAACACAACAAACUGCCCCCUCACAGACCUCCACUGUGGGGAGACGCUCGCCGUCACCGUGGUUACCGUGGAAAGGGGCUGCAGAAGCAAACCCAGCGUACCAUUCAUUUUCCAAUCAGUCAUCUGCCCACCCAUGGGUGUGGCAGGGGUGACCACUUGCAGCAACAAUGACAUCACAGUAAGAUGGGACCCCAGUCCAGAAAGUGGAGUUAACUACUUCGUCUAUUCCCAAGAGUAUAAUGGGACUGUUGCCAACUACUCCACAGCUCGGACAUCUCAUGUGAUCUCUGGGCUGCAGUGUAGCCAGAAGUAUAUGUUCAAAGUUGCCGCCAGGGACUCUGACUGCACCAGUCUCUCCAGCAAGCAGAUAGAAACUGAAACAGCCCCAUGCCCUCCAACAAACCUGACAGUCAGAACUGAAUGUGGCACCAACUUGGCAAUUUUGUCCUGGGCACCGAGCAAAUUUGCCAUCUCCUACGUAGCCAAGGUAACCGGCACCCACGGCCAGGUGGUUUCCUGCUUCUCAAACACGACAACUUGCUCGGUGAAGGUGGACUGUGGUCGCCAGUACUCAGCAGUCGUGGUAGCUUCAACUGCGACAUGCAACAGCAGUGCAUCAGCAUCCUUGAAUUAUGUGUCGGCUCCCUGUUUGCCCGACAGGGUGCAAGCAGAGCUGGACUGCAAUGCCAACUCCUUUGCAGUGCAGUGGAGGGGGAGCGUCGGCGACAUCGGCAUGUACACUGCGAUCGCCAUCGGCAGUGACGAGUCGCGACAAACUUGUGACACCCACACCACCAACUGCACCAUCCAGAAUGUGAAAUGCGGCCUACUUUACAGCAUCGUUGUCACUACAGCAUCGGUCGACUGUGGCACCAUCGAAGGCUCAAACUACAAGAUGCAUUCAGCUCCCUGUAAGCCAAAGAACGUGUCGGUGAAUUUGCAGUGCAGCACCAACGUGGCGUCCGUUACCUGGGGAAACUCAGGCCCAGACCAGACCCAGGUGGUGACCGCGGUGGACAUGAGAGGAGGGGUCGUCACCUGCAACUCCAGCAGCUCCAACUGCACUUUCGACCAGCUGACAUGCGGAAAGCAGUACACCAUCAGUGUGACCGGACACACGAACACAUGCAGCAGUGAACCAGCUUUAGCUCGACAGCUCAACACAGCUCCAUGUAUGCCCACACACCUCACAGCGCGAGUGGACUGUCAAACCGGCAUCACCGUGGUAACAUGGGACGCAGCCCUCGGUGCCACGUCUUACACCGUCUACGCUCGGGGCAGCCUCGGCCACAACGCGGUGUGUAACAGCACCGACACCAACUGUGACUUCUCCAACCUGGCGUGUGGUCAGGACUACAACAUCUCCGUGCUGGCUCGCCAUAACACCUGUGUCAGUUUGAUCAGCAAGUCUAUCAUCGCCACAACGGGCCCUUGUCCCCACAGUGGUCUGAAGACGGCACUGGUCUGUGAAACCAACAGAGCUGUGGUGUCUUGGACUCCUGGCAGUGGCAUCCUCUACUACAACGCCUCAGCUGAUGCUUUUAACAUUAAUCAUAAACAGACCUGCUCAACCAACAGCUCCACCUGUAACAUCAGCUCCCUGCAAUGUGGGGAAAGCUAUAAAGUGAGUGUCAGUGGACAGGGACAGAACUGCCCCAGUCCUGCCCAGUCCUGGCACAGAAUCAACACAGCUCCCUGUCCUCCCACCAACUUGACCAUAAAUUCUUCCUGUACAUCGAACAACAUCUCUGUGUCAUGGCUGGCCUCCAAGGGCUCCUUGUCUUACAUGGCCGUGGCUGAAAAUGCUCAGGGCCAGCGGUGGUCCUGUAACACCAGUAGCACCACCUGCCAGAUAGCUAAUCUGCUCUGUGGACAACAGUACAAGGUCUACGUCUCUGGUAUUGAUGAAAAGUGUAUGGGAGCCAAGAGUGAAAUCAAAAUGAUUCGCACUGCUCCAUGUGUCCCAAACAACAUACAGAACCAUCUGGACUGUCUGUCCGGUGUCCUCAAUGUUACCUGGGAGUCGACUGGUUACUAUGUGAAGUUCCGCGCGUCAGUGAGGAGCAGCAGUGGUCAUGAAAGCGUUUGCUCAACUGAUAAGCACCACUGCGUAGUACGGAAUUUGCAGUGUGGUCUGACCUAUGACGUUAAAGUCGUCGCCCAAGAUGAUGCCUGCAACAGCUCCCACAGCCCCAUAAAGCAGGUCCACACAGCUCCCUGCCCACUCUCGUCCUUCGUUCCUACUGUGAACUGUAGCACCGGAGUGGUAUCCGUCACCUGGAGCAGCAGCGUGGCCGGGGUCCUGUACACCGUGUCUGCAGUCGACGCAGUCGGCCACAAACAUAAUUGCAGCAGCAAAAUGAGCGGCUGUAACCUCAGCUCACUGGAGUGCGGGACAGAGUACAAUGUCACUAUUACACCGUCCAGGAAUGGAUGCGUAGGCAGAGACAGCUCUACAGAAAUGAUCACAACAGUUCCAUGUGUACCUCAGCUGUCGGAGGUGGAGAUCGACUGCUUGACAAACUCAGCGUGGGUGAUGUACGAAGAGUCUGCCGGAGCCGAAAACUAUGUUGUUGUGGCGACAGACAGCCUGGGUAACGAUGAGACGUUCGAGUGUAACGCCACGUCAGAUGGGAUGUGUGCUCUGCCGCCCUUAACUUGCAGCCAGAAUCUCACCUUUACCCUCAUGGCCCAUGAUCAGCAGUGCACCAGCGCACCCAGCAAUGCUAUCACAGCUGAGACAGCUCCCUGUCCUCCUGAGGGCGUCCAAGAAUCAGUGUCCUGUGACAAUGGAACAAUCACUGUCUCCUGGUCAGCUGUUCCUGGUGCAGUCACCUACACAGCCACGUUAGAAGAAUUAUACGGAAACAGCACGACCUGCUGCACCACAUCAGACAGCAGCUGUGAUAUCACCGAUCUGCCAUGUGAACAAAUGUACAUCCUACAUGUCAUGGCUGAGGGACGGACCUGCAACAGUUCACAGAGCAAUGGGAUCAUCGCCAGGACUGCACCAUGUGUCCCAGACACCCCCACAGCCAGUCUGAGCUGCAGCAACAAUGUGGCCUCUGUGUCAUGGAGCAAUGGCAGGCUGGGGCAGCUUUACCUUGUGCAAGCAGUGAGUGCCGACGGCCAUGUGGACAUGUGCGAUUCACCUGCAAACCAGUGCGAUCUGACAAGCCUGCACUGCGGACAGUACUACACAGCAACUGUGACUGCAGAGGACAUGGUGUGCAAGAGCAAGCCAAGUCAGAGUGUGACGAUCAAGACAGUGCCGUGCACUCCUGCAAACGCCUCAUCUGAGAUGGACUGCGAGGCUAACGCUCUGAUCGCUUCCUGGUCCGAGGGCGCGGGAGCUGAUUCCUACAUCGCCACCCUGGAGGACAGCAGCGGCCACAGCACAACCUGCCAGGGCACAACGGAGGGCUCCUGCAGUGUGACAGGACUCGGCUGCGGUCAGAUCUACCAUGUCUCCGUGGUCUCCUCCGAUGGAUACUGCAACAGCCCACCGACUCCUGUGGUUGACACGCCUUCAGCCCCCUGUGAACCGAGAAAUAUCAAGGCACUGAUGGACUGCUACACGGACACGGCCAUGGUGACUUGGUACCCGAGCACUGGAGCUUUGUCCUACGUGACCAUUGUCACCACGGCGUCAGGUCACAAUGUCACAUGUGAAAGCAACACAACCAGCUGUGAGAUGGAGGGUCUGCUCUGUGGUGAGACCUACUCUGUGUCUGUGGAAGCUGUGGGAGAGACCUGCAGCAGCGUCAGACACAUGGCGGGACACCUGGUCACGGGGCCUUGCAUCCCUGAACACAUCACCACCCAAUACAGCGUGACCAUCGGUCAGGUUCAGUGGGACAUGACUGCCGGUGCUGAUUACUACACAGUCAGAGGGGAAACAGACCAGGGCCUCAUGGUCUCUUGUAGUACCAACGACACCUACUGUGCGCUGUAUAACAUGGUCUGUGGCCAGAUGUACAACAUCAAAGUCACAGCACACAACCAUGUAUGCAGAGAUUUGGCCACCUCUACUGAACCCGUCACGAUUAUGACAGAGCCUUGCCCGCCCAAAAACGUGGAGACUAACGUCAACUGUCAGGACGGCGAGGGAACCGUGUCGUGGGAGGGCAGUUCGGUCGCUGUGGGCUACCAGGCUCAGCUCGCUGGCCGUGACGGACACUCGCUGUCCUGCUACACCAACGAGACUUUCUGUAACGUUCAAGGCCUCCACUGUGGCGUCAUCUACCACACCAGCGUCUUUGCCGUCGGGAGGACCGCCAACAGCAGCAGCUCUGUCACUGUCCUGCUAGUAGCAGCUCCAUGCGAAGCUACGAAUGUGGCAGCUACCUUGGACUGUGACAACAACACGGCCGAAGUCACCUGGAGCCCGGCCAGUGGAGCAAACUCCUACUUAGUGACGGCUGUAGCAACAGAUGGCUACCAGGAUUCCUGUGAGACGGACGAACACCAGUGUGAUUUGAUGGCGCUGCACUGCGGGCAGAUGUACACCGUCACUGUCACAACCAUCGGCGAGCACUGCCGGACUGAGACGCACACCAACGUCACCUUCAGCUCACGACCCUGUAAACCAAUGCGUGUCGGAGCGGACAUGCGGUGCGGGACGAGUACGGCCGUCAUGUAUUGGGAGGAAGAAGAAGGAGUGGAGCUGUACAUGGCUACUGCCACCUGCAGCAUGGGAAUGACAGUGGAGUGCAACUCCACCAACUCCACCUGUCGGUUCUCUAACUUGCAGUGCGGGAAAACCUAUGAACUGUCUGUAGCUGCAUACAGUAACAUGUGCUACAGUGAAAUCAGCAGCACUGUGGAGAUUCAGACUGAACCCUGCCAGCCCACUGGCCUGACAGCCAGCGGCUCAUGCCAAAACGACACAGUCAUGCUGGACUGGUAUGAGGCUAGAGGGGCGUUACUUUAUGUGGUGACCGUCACCGGAGACCUGGGAUACAGCGAUUCUUUCCAAACCAACGAUACAACAAUAGAGACGGAUCUACCAUGUGGGCAACUGUUCACUUUCACCGUAGUAGCUCAAGAUAAUGUGUGUGACAGUCCAGUAAGCUUGCCUGACCAAUUCAAGACAGGUCCCUGCAUUCCUCUGCAUGUGCAGAGCUACACGCACUGUGAGGACAGCCUGGGCUCGGUCUCCUGGGCCAUGAGCGAUGGAGCUGAGUUGUACAUGGCGGUGGCAACGGGGCAGGACGGCCACACCCACGGAUGCGCCACCAACACCUCCAGCUGCACCUGGGACGACCUGCACUGUGGCGAGGUGUACACCGUUCACGUAGUCGCCAUGGAUGAAAUGUGCACCAGCAUGCCGAGCAACAGCACUUCAAUACGGAUGGCCCCGUGCAUACCAGAGAACUUGAAAUCAUCUCUCAACUGCACUACAAAGGUUGGAUCGUUGAGCUGGAAUGUCAGCGAAACUGCAGAUUACUACAUCGUGACUGCAGAGACCAACGGUGGCCACAGAGUGCAGCUGAGCACCACAGACACCUGGACCUUCAUUUCCGAGUUCCUGUGUGGUCAGGAGUACUACCUGUCGGUUCAGGCUGCAGACGCCGUGUGCACAAGCCAACCCAGUCAGCCCUUCAAGCUCAAGUCAGAGCCCUGUCCGCCCACCAACGUCUCCAGCGUCAUGAACUGCAUCUUCAACAUCGCCGUGGUGUCGUGGACUGGCUCGGCCGGGGCAGAGUUCUACACCGCCACGUUAAUGCUGCCAGACGGCCAAUCAAAGAGCUGCUGGUCCGACAGCGCUCAGUGCAGCAUGCCCAACGCCGUCUGUGGAAAGAACUACACGGUGACCGUUGUCGCCUCAGACAAGCAGUGUGACUCUGAUCCCAGUGAGGCCGACUCGCUGCUGUCAGUGCCUUGUGUUCCCACUGAUGUGGAAGUGCACAUGAUCUGCCCCAGCAAUCAGGCUGUUGUGUCCUGGAGCGCCAGCGACGGAGCUCUGUCUUACAAAGUGACGGCUCAGAGCACACAGGGAGACAUUUCCGCCUGUGAGGCUGAAGACCCCAUGUGUACUUUGACGAGCCUGACCUGCGGACGGUCUUACUCUGUCCAAGUGGUGGCACAGGAUGAUAUCUGCUCAAGCCUGCCCAGCCCAGCUAUAAAGUUCGACUCAGCUCCCUGCACACCUGACAUCGGCUCAGUGGUUCUGGACUGCUUCACCAACUCAGCCCUCUUGGACUGGGCCUUUGCUGAGGGCGCCUUGCACUACACUGCUACAGCCCAGUCCUCCAGCGGCCACGUUUCCACCUGCCACUCCAACGUGACCAACUGUGAGCUGAAGAACCUGCUGUGUGGACAAACCUAUAAUGUGAUCACUGUGGCCUCAAAUUAUGAGUGUGACAGCCCUCCCAGCGCCUCACUGCAACUGGAAUCAGUGCCUUGUCCUCCCACGGAUGUUGUGUCUGUUCUGGACUGCGCUACGAACACGGCGCAGGUGGAAUGGCAGCCCAGCGUUGGGGCCGACUCCUACAUCGUCCAAGCAUUAGGUGUGCAAGAAGACGAAACUGGCUGUGAGACGGAGUCGGAGUCCUGCAUCCUCCCAGACCUGCUCUGUGGCUUCACCUACAACAUCACUGUGAUCGCAGUUAACAGCGUGUGCAAUGUCUCGUAUAGUGAGAUGAAACAGCUGCAAGCAGUGCCCUGUAUACCUGAGCAGGUGGAGGCCCGGGUGGUUUGUGAGUCUGGUGCCGUGGCCGUCUCUUGGGAGCCGAGUAAAGGGGCAUCGUCCUACACCACAGUCGCCCAGGGCAGCGGUGGCUAUGCUUCAACGUGCAACAGCACUGACACAACUUGCGUUUUGAGUGACUUGCUGUGCGGUCUCAACUACUCAAUCACUGUCAGCGCUUCAGACGACACGUGUAGCAGCGCCGAGAGCGACGCCGUGAACAUCGACACAGUACCAUGUGUACCACAGAACGUAACAGCAGAGAUGAUGUGCAGCAGUGACACAGGUGUGGUGUCAUGGGAAGAAGGAGAGGGCGUGUCCUCCUACAAGGUGCAAGCCACGGCACCCGAUGGCCACAAGGCUGAGUGUUACAGCACUGAAAGCAGCUGUCAGCUACCCAACAUGCAUUGCGGCCAGAUGUACAACCUGACGGUCACAGCUCAGGAUGGACGGUGCGAUAACAGCCGUGUCUACCUUAACCUCCAGUCAGCUCCUUGUAUCCCAACGGCCGUCAAAGCCUCUCUCCGGUGCCACUCAAACUCCGCUGCAGUGACGUGGGAGCCAUCCAGUGGAGCGCUCUCCUACACCGCAGUGGGUGUAACGGCAGAUGGAAGUCACCGCAGCGAGUGCAACAACACUAUGACCUACUGUGAUCUGAGCGACCUGCAGUGCGGACAGACCUACAACGUGAGCGUGUCCGGCCUGGACGAGUCCUGCUCCAGUGUGGGGAGUGACAAGGCUUACGUGAGAACAGCCCCCUGUGCACCCCAGAACGUUGCUGUCCAUUCACAAUGUGAUGAAGGUGCCAUGACUGUGUCCUGGUCCCCCAACCCCGAUGCCCAGUACUUCCAUGUGGCAGCAGUGAGCAACACCGGGGCGAGACUCUACUGUAACUCCAGCAGCACUGACUGCACUAUAAGAAAUCUGCCAUGUGGACAGAGCUACAACGUCACCGUGCUGUCUGUAAGACAUGGUUGUGAGAGCAAACCAAGCCCCUGUGUGGAGUCUCAUUCAGCUCCAUGCGUGCCCAGGAACCCUAAGGGUCGUCUGGACUGCAUAUCAAACUCCGCCUGGGUGACGUGGGACGACUCCGCGGGAGCAACCAGCUACUUUGCGCUGGCCACGGCAGGCAACAACCACAGCUCCAACUGCACUUCCUCCGCCUCUCCCUGCGGCGUCCCAGAUCUGAAGUGCGGGACGCUCUACGUCUUCCAUGUCACGGCUAUGAACAAGGACUGCAACAGCAAUCACAGCUCCACCUUUGAGCUUGAGACAGGUCCUUGUGCUCUGAAAUCCAUCAGUGCAGUGGCAGAAUGCAACAGUGACACAAUCCUGGUCGAAUGGGAGGAGAAGGUGGACAUGCCCCUCUACCUGGUGACUGCUGAGGGAGACGACCAAAACCUUAUUUCCUGUAACAGCUCCUCCAAUUCAUGUGUACUCGAGGGCAUCCAGUGUGACAUGCACUACAGCAUCAUAGUAUCGGCAUCGUCUGAUAAGUGCAGCAGCCUCCGAAGCCCUCCGAAGAAGAUCAAAACUGCACCGUGUGUCCCAGACAAUGUGACAGUGGUGCCAUCGUGUCAGGAUAAUGGGGCUUCCAUAUCAUGGUCAAAGUCCCUUGUGGCCACAUCCUACCAGCUCACAGCCACAGGACAAGAUGGACACGUUGCAGCCUGCACAACCUCAGUGAGCAACUGCUCUUUGGCUGAACUUCACUGUGGCCUGACGUACGACCUCGUCAUCACUGCCACCGGGGGCAACUGCACCAGUCCUCCCGCCACUUCCUCCUUCAAAACAGUGCCCUGUGCUCCUUCCAGUCUGGCGGUGGAGCUCGACUGUGAGACCAAAUCCGCCUUCAUGACUUGGAAUGCCACUGAGGGCGCUGUGGAGUAUUUUAGCUGUGCCCAACCUAUGGUCGGAGACGCCAUCUACUGUAACGGCAGUAGUCCUUCCUGCACCCUUGAGGGCCUGGAGUGUGGCACCGUUUACAAUUUCUCUGUGAAAUCCUCCGAUGGUCUCUGCAACGGCUCGUUCAGUGCACCUCUUGAGGCCGGAGCAGCUCCAUGCCCCCCAGACCGUGUCAGGGUCCGGAUGCAGAGGAUAGAACACAUAUACUGGGCCAUGGUCUCAUGGGACAAGAUCGAUUGUUCUGAUGUCGAGUACAUGGCGAGAGUGAUCGGUAAAAUCGAUAACAACCCAGAGGCCCUGAUGAACGUCUCCUCGUACUGGCUGCCCAGGCCAUACUUUGAGUUCCCGAUGCCUUGCAGCACAGCGUAUAACAUCACUGUACGAUCCAGAAAUGCAGCUGGGGAAAGUGAGCCAUCCAGUGUCAUCAGUGGAAUAACAGAGCCAUGUGCUCCACAGAAUGUGAGAUACUCUGGUAACACACAGUCCGCUGUGUUGUACUGGGACGCGUCCGUGUUCGCCACCAGAUACACCGUCUACAACGUAUCAGGGGGAACCCGCGUAAAGCUGUGCAACACCACCGCUCUCUCCUGCCAGUUGACCAACUUCAAACCUAGCGUCACUGUAGUGACGGCCAGCAACGCCGUAGGGGAGAGCAACCCCAGCCAGUCUAUCACAGGUCCCGUAGGGUCUCGUAGAAGAAGAGAUCUGAGGGCCCCUCAAGUCUUUGCCAAUUUAGAAAAGGAUCUUGAAAUCCCAGAAGUGCUGAGUGUAACAGUAAGUGGAACCUCUUUGUCUGUGAAGUGGACGACAGUGAAGGACGCGACCGAGUACACACUCGUGAUCGAGGAGGAGCAGAGAGAGGAGCAGGGCAGCCAGCCACCGAUAGUGAGAAGCGUGGAGGGUGAUUUUUACACAGAGACUGACCUCAAACCCUGGACCACCUACUGCAUCAGGGUGGCCGCCAAAAACGCCAUCAACCAAAGCAACUACGGCUGGCCAGAGUGCAGAAACACUGGUGCCUCUUAAUGAAACACACAGAAUCACCUACAUAGAUGCUGGACUAAAGAGAGUUACCGUUAUAUGGGUUUCACAUCUGUCUUCUCCGCUCAGUAGCGUCCAUAAUUGUUACAGUUUUAAUCUCUUAAGAAGAACUUUAAGAGGAAAAUUGUAAAAAGAAAACAAGAAUAUUCUUCUGUUUGGGGUUAUCUUAACAUGUCACGAAGAAAUUAUCAGACCUGACGAGAAGCUUUAGAAUUGAAUGCUUAUGAAUCUUUGUUAGCCCUAGGUGGUAGUAUUGCUGAAAUUAUAUUUAUCAAAACAAAAUUGUUAUAUUUCUAGAUCCUCCAGAUGAUUGUUAAACCAAAAGAUGUAGUGUAAACUAAUAAAAUGAUAAUUUAUCAAGCAAUAUUUUUAAAACCAUGCAGUAUAUUUUCUCUUUGAUAUGUGACUACAUACUUUAUGACUUCUCAUUUUGUGGACAGAUAUUUUUUUUU